GGCGAAAAAAUCAGCUGUCGCCCCAACACCACCUUGUUACAUACACAUUGGCAUAUACGCACGAAAAUGGCUACUGUGAAUAGCUUUGGGGCAGAACCGUUAGAAAAUUUUAGUUCGAGCGUGCAAAUUUAGCAUAGAAACUUGUCGUAAAACGUUACACCUUUUGUUAAAACUUAAGACACCAGCUAAAAAAAUAUCAAAUUGUAUUGAAUACUACAACAAAAUCGAACUUUUGGUGACAAAGUAAUUCAAUUUUCGUACCUACACAGAACAUCCCUAUAGAGCGUGUAAAAUACCAGUCAUGCCACCGAAAGAAGCAAAACAAUGUAAGACCAAGAAUCAACUUCAAGAGCAUUUGGUUGCGGAAGUUAACACUCAACGAUAUGAAGCUAAUGAAGCACAUAUGAAAGUGGUACAACAAUUGCUUGGAUGGGCCCUUUUGAAUGGUCUUGGGUCGUGUACCGAAGGUAUGGGAAUGCUGCAACCUAUGAACAACCAAUCUAGCCAAUGUGGAGGUAAUGUUCAGGGGGCGAGUUUGUCAAAAAAAGCUCGAAAGCGUUUGCGACGUCGCCAACGGGCAGAAGCUCAAAGUGCUGCAGCUGUACGCGCCGGAGCUACUACGCCAAAGGUUAAUACAACUGAGUCCAUUGCACCAAAGACGAAAGAGCAACCUCCAAACGUGCCGGUACAAGCCGGUAUGCUCCAUGAUCUGGCUGUACAAUUUCGCAGUGAAAUUUGUGUAUUAAAAAUGCUUUUUGAUUCUGAAUUACAAGAGAACCCGGAAUCAACACUUAAAAAUAAACCAAUUGUAGCGGAGAUAAAUAUAAACAACAAGAGUCUACUUUCAAAAGGAGCUAUCAAAUCUAUACGCACCACAAUCCUAAGGACGAUUGAAAACUAUCAAGUAUCUAAAAAAACAACACCCUUAUUUUAUAGCAUGACAAACAAUAAUACAUACAUAAACAUUUUAUGUGAAGAUGAAUAUGCAUUUGAGUGCUUAAAAGAUUCCGUUGUGCAAAUGAAGAGCUUAGGCAGAGUAUGCUUGUCCACUUUAGAACCGAAUGCGGGCCGUUUGUAUUGUAUGAGUGUCAUUUAUACGGGACUUAUUGAUGAUCCAAUGAAAUUCCUAUUGCAUGUGCGUUUGCAGCAUCCGAAAAUACGCACUGAUUACUGGAUUAUUGCGAGCAGCAAAGUAUGUACAGGAACGCACGAAACCCAAUUCUUGUUUCUGGUGGACGAGCUGUCGGCACUGGCGCUGGAAUAUCAAUAUCGUUAUAGACUUUUCAUUUGCUUAGAGGAAGCGUUGUUCCACAACCAUGGACAGUUGCCGAAUUUGGUUUAGUAUCGAAUGGAUGGACGUAUGUACAUGGCUAAUGCACACCUACGUAUUUUUAAUGGAUAUGUACGUACUAUUAUGUUAAA